ACAGUGAAGAAAAUACAGACAACCGUGCGACACCGCCGUCCGGUGUUGGGUCAAAAAGUUGAUUUAUAUUUUUAUAACAAAAAAAUAUUCAUUUGUUUUACUUCAUUCAGUGUAAAUCACUUAAAGCGGUAACAUUGAUUUAACAUCGCUCGGCUAAUUUAUGAUAAUCAGUCCUUAGCUGUUGUUCGAUAGUUGAUGCAAAGUUGAUACUCGGUGUUGUUUUUUUUGCACGUUUUUACAAGGCAUUCAUUUCCCUUCAAAACGCUCGAUAAGCUGAACGCCGCAACGUAGAUAGCAACAUGAAAGUUCAAUUUUUAACUGCGGUGGUGAUUUCUUUUUAUCUGAUCAUAUUGUGUGCUGAAGCAACUGUUGUCAGAAAGUGUCAAGGUAAAUCCGCUAAGCAAUUAAGUAAUGAAGACGUAACGAUUUCGAAUUGUAAAAAAGGACGCUGUCGGCUACGGAAAAAUACCAAAGUUACUAUUGAAUUGAAACUCACACCAGACCACGAUGUCAAAAAGUUGACCACAACGGUGAAUGCGGUGGUUCUGAGUGUGCCAUUACCGUUUAUUGGUGUGGAUGGUACGUCAGCCUGUAACAAUUUAUACCUUGAAGAUGGCACCACAAAAACGGAAUGCCCACUGAAAGCCGGCCAAAGCUAUGUGUACAAAAAUUCAUUCGAUGUACUUCCCGUUUAUCCAAAUAUACCCGCUCUGGACGUUCACUGGGCACUUACCGAGGCUAACAACAAAGCAUUGGUAUGCUUUGAAAUACCAGCAAAAAUUACGAAUUAAAUCGUUUUUAUUAUUAUUUUUUAUUUUUUGAAAUAAUGUAUUUUUCGUUUGUUUUUCUACAAACUAUUUUGUGGUUUAGUCCAUUUUUCUCAGCAACAUUUGUUCUCUCAAAUUGAGUUCGAAAAAUAAUAAACAUAAUUGUUGUAUGACAAAAGGCAA